UGCACCGAGCCCAGAUGCGUGGUGAGCCCAUAGGAACACAGGAUGCGAAGCUAUCCAUCUGUUGAAGAAGGAGGACAGGUGGAAGGAGACUAAUAAAGACCGCAACAAUAAUAAAACAACAAGGAUGACAACACAGGCGCACUCUGUCGUUGUUUCAUUAGCUAGCAAGCACUUUUGCAUUAAUUUCAUCUAAAUUAAUGCAAUAAUGUUAUCAUUACUGCAGUUCCAAAACAGUUUUGAGUCCAACAAGCUGUCUCCUUGGUUUCUACAAACAGGGCACAGGCUGGCUGGGCUGAUUCUUGCUGUCAUUUCCUGGCCCCGUGCCACGUUUACUGUGUGACUCAGUCCCUCACUUCGGGGAGGGCUUAAGGUGAUGGCCGGGAGAAUAAAAGGAGGAGUUCUGGGUGCUCAGCUCCCAAGUGAGUUCUUUCUUCCCCGCCACGUCGGACUGACCGGUUAACACCAGCUGCCCUCAACCAUGAAGCUGCUGAGAGUCCUUGUGCUGAUUGCCCUCCCCCUUUACUGCUUUGCUGGUUCUGGAUGCCUACUUCUAGAGCAGGCGGUUAACAAAACAAUCAGUCCUGAAGUGAGCGUUAGUGAAUACCAAAAUUUUCUCCAGGAUUUUGUUCAGGAGACUGAGGAAGAAAAGGCCUUGGCUGAUGUGAAGCAGUGUUUUCUCAACCAGUCAAACGAAACUCUGCACAACUUUGCACAGAUGAUGCAAGUAAUGUAUUCCAGUAAGUGGUGUGCCUCUUAACUUUCCCCGAGACUGGAGACCCCGAGGACUACAGAGAAUGGUCAGCAACUGACAGCCAGUGAAUAUAAACCACGACUUUUCUUCCUUCUUUCUCUUUUCAUCUAUAAACUGCAAGACAAUUGUUGAAACCUCAAUUACAUUUUCAUUUCAAUAAAGCAUCUGCAAAUGGAAA